CCCGCCCCACACACACAGGUGGAGCGGGUACUCGCACAAGCGGACUCCUGGCAGUUUGACACUUGGCGACUUCGCGACGUCACACACGGCCACCCGCUCUCGGCACUGGGAUUCUACCUCAUACAAAGAGCCGGGCUCAUUACGAAUCUUAAACUCAAACCGGCAGUGCUGGCAAGGCUGCUUCGCCACAUCGAGGCCGGCUACAACGACAACCCCUACCACAACGCCACCCACGCCGCGGACGUGCUCCAAACCCUGCACGUCAUCAUCCACGGCGCGCAGCUGCACGUGCACUACCUCGACCAGCUGGGGCUGCUGGCGGCGUACUUUGCGGCGAUCGUUCACGACUACGGGCACCCGGGCCUCACAAACGACUUCCUGGUGGCCACAUCGGACCCGCUGGCGGUCAGGUACAACGACAAGUCACCGCUGGAAAACCACCAUGCAGCGGCGGCGUUCAGCUGCAUGCGCCGCACGGGCCUAGACGUGUUGGCGCCGCUGACGACGGACCAGAAGUCCACUUUUAGAAAACAGGUCAUAGAAAUGGUGCUCGCAACGGACAUGAAGCAGCACUUUUCGUUGCUUAGCCAUUUCAGCACCGUUCACAGGCUCGCUAGCUACAACAAACCCGCUGCACGGCUGCUCAGUUUGCAGAUGGUCAUCAAGGCGGCGGAUUUGGGUCACCUGGGGGAGGGCUUUGAAGUGCACAAGCGGUGGCUCUCUAGCUUGGAGGAGGAGUUUUUUCGCCAGGGCGACAAGGAGCGGCAGCUGGGAAUCCCCAUCAGCCCCCUCUUUGACCGGGCCAAGCAGGGAGUCAGCAAGAGCCAAGUCGGGUUCUACGACUUUGUAGCGCUGCCGCUGCUGCACGCGCUGUGCAGCGCAUUCCCGGGAACUCAGCCGCUCAUGACCUGCUUCAUGGACAACUACCACCACUACACCGCAGAUUCGCAUGCGCUUGCCGAGUCUCGAAGCUUUAAGAUGCAAGCUCAGCAGACGCCCCGCCAGGCUGCGGUUGCGGUGCAGCCAUCAGGCACCUGA